GUUCUCAGCCCCAGAGGAAAGUGGACAUAAAGCAAGCAUAUUGCAACACAAAUAUUCUCAUAAUCCACAACCUGCCCUCCUCAGUAUCUUUUUCAUCUUCCCUCGCUGCAGCCACCCUUCUUUCUAACACAAUGUUUGAGGAGCCGUGGAACUCCACAGAUCAGGUCGGGCUCAACGGAUCAGAAGCAAACGCAUCUCUCGUAAGACGCUCAUAUGACAUAGAUGAGGAGGGGAACCAGCAUCCAUUUCUCACAGACGCCUGGCUGGUUCCGCUGUUCUUCUCUCUCAUUAUGCUGGUUGGACUAGUGGGCAACUCUCUUGUUAUUUAUGUUAUAUCUAAACACAGGCAGAUGAGAACUGCCACCAACUUCUACAUAGCAAACCUGGCUGCUACCGAUAUUAUCUUUUUGGUUUGCUGUGUCCCCUUCACUGCCACUCUCUAUCCCCUCCCCGGAUGGAUCUUUGGCAAUUUCAUGUGCAAAUUUGUUGCCUUUCUACAACAGGUGACGGUGCAAGCAACAUGUAUCACCCUGACUGCCAUGAGUGGAGACCGAUGUUACAUCACAGUCUAUCCUCUUAAAUCUCUCCGUCACCGGACACCAAAAGUGGCCAUGAUAGUCAGUGUUUGCAUUUGGAUUGGCUCCUUCAUCCUUUCCACCCCAAUUUUAAUGUACCAGCGGAUAGAGGAGGGCUACUGGUACGGUCCGAGACAAUAUUGUAUGGAGAGAUUUCCCUCCAAGACGCAUGAGCGAGCAUUUAUCCUCUACCAGUUUAUUGCUGCCUACCUGCUGCCGGUGCUCACAAUCUCUUUUUGCUACUCUAUGAUGGUAAAGAGAGUAGGUCAACCCACUGUAGAGCCUGUUGACAACAAUUAUCAGGUCAACCUCCUGUCUGAAAGAACGAUCAGCAUCAGGAGCAAAGUCUCCAAGAUGGUGGUGGUGAUUGUCCUCCUUUUCGCCAUCUGUUGGGGUCCCAUCCAGAUCUUUGUGCUUUUCCAAUCCUUCUAUCCAAAGUACCAACCUAACUACACAAUGUACAAGAUCAAGACCUGGGCUAACUGCAUGUCCUACGCCAAUUCCUCAGUCAACCCCAUAGUUUAUGGCUUUAUGGGAGCGAGCUUUCAAAAGUCCUUUAGAAAAACCUUCCCAUUCCUGUUUAAACACAAGGUCAGAGAUAGUAGCAUGGCUUCAAGGACUGCCAAUGCUGAGAUCAAGUUUAUUGCUGCAGACGAAGGCAAUAAUAAUAAUGAUGUGAACUGACUCUGCAACAAAUUUAAAGACAAAGAUAAAGAUUCCUGAGAAAUUUGGCUACUUAUGUCGGUCAGAUGGUUUUGUAACUAUCCUCAGUGAAUUACUGUUCGAUCUUAGACGAAGACACUGUGCUUGAUAUUCUUAUUCACAUUGUGUUUAUUGUUGUAAGUAAGUGAAUGACUACAAACAGUUAAUUGAAACUGGAAUCAGUCGUUUAUACUAAAAUACAUUAAUAGCCUCUUGCCUAUAAUUAAUAGUUCUUGCCUGAUGUGACUUAGUGAACUUCUCUGGGAGGUUCUUUGGGCCAUUGCUAAGCAUACAUUCUUUGCUAUUGCAGGAAUCAGAUCUCAACAACUUGUCAUAAAGCUCUAUCUUAUUGGUUUAGUUUUUCUCCAAGUGUUGAGAGGAUCUGAUUAAGUGAGUUGCAUGAACAAUCUCUGAACAGAAGAUACAAGUAACAACAAUAAGUUGACAACUACAACAGUAAAAUUAAGAUGCUUUUAAAAAGUAUGAACUUUCAAUUGGUUUUAAAUAAACUUAGACAUGUGGCUCACAGCAAAAAACAAACAAACAAUUGGAAUAAGAAAAAACAAACAAACAAACUCCUGUAUCAAUUUGCUUAUUGUUUUUAUUUCGGCAGAUGUUGAGCUUUUUUCCAAGGUGAACAACUUUUUCUUUGCUGCUAAGUAAGAUAGUAAAUAAAAUAUCCUUGUGUUUCCAUUUACAUGCAGAAUGCCAAUAUGAAGCUUUCUCUUCUUUUAAAGGCCAUAAUACUUCACUAAGAAGAUGAUAGAUCUUAGAGUCACUCUUAUAAUGGCAGGCAGAACAUUGUAUUUUUCGUAUUUAUGCACAGCCAUAUUGUAUUUUAGACACUUUCUUUUUUUCAUAAAAGCAGCUAUUAAAGUAUGAAGGAUACCUUUAAUAUCAUCCUUAAAUACCUUUACAGUCUCUCUUCAAGCUGUAGAAAUCUUAGAUCGGAAAAAAAAUAGCUCAAAUAUUUUGUUCUUUAUGGAACUUAGUGGAUAUUUUCUUUAUAUAAAACAAUUUAAGCACUGCCAUUUUUUAAUCAACUUGUUAUUUGUCUUUAAAUAGGGUUUUACUAUAAUACAUUUAAACUGUCUACAGCAUCUAACGUUUAUGUGUCCAGUUUUCCCUGCUAGUUAACUGGUAUUGAUAAGUGAACAUAUUUUCAAAACAACACUUAACAUAGUGUUACAUACAAACCCAAACUUACAGAGCAUGGGAAGUGUCAUUGGGCAAAUAGCCAAACCCAACAGGAUCAUGCUUUACCAAAAUAUGUUUGCAUAGUUUGCGUGAUAAAGUAUUUCCAACACCUUCCCAGGGCUGCUUAGUCUUUCAUUAAAAGGUAGCGCCAGUUUCUAGAAUACAAUGACCAAAACCAAACAUAUUUAUACGCCUUAAUUUUUUUCAUCUUUUGUCUCUUUCCAACCAUUAUUUUUAGUAUGUGUUAUUUGUGCUUUAUUUAAUAGAAAUAUAGACUAAUAUAAGAAACAUGGCAAAUGGAAACAGUGGACAAUAAUCUGUUCAGCCUUCCACUGCAUUAUGAGGUCUAAGUCUUUUGGGUACUGUCUCUCACAUUUCUCGUUGCAAUAUACCGGUAACUGAAGCUUGGCAAAGCAGGAUAGAGAGGUGACUACUCACCUGAGAGGUGGACCUCCAGAUUUGCUAAUCCUCUGCUUGCUCCCCGUCUGUCAUUUUAGGUAGAUUCUCAUAUCUUGGUUGGUGUUCUCUUGUCUCAAUUUAUGCUAAUGUACCUCUACCUUUCCACUUUUUAAAUGAUCAAAAAUGUUUGUUUUUGUCUUUUUUCAACUUAACCCUGUGUAGAAUUUCUCCAUGGUGUAUGUUUUGAAAACAUGUACUAUUUUCCCUGUUCAUAACAAAUAGACCCCACCUUUU